AUGGCGAAAAAACAAUUAGAAGACUCUGCCGUUACGAAGAAAGUGCGAGGAAGACCCAAGGCAGCACCGUCCAAAGUUACAAAAACAAAAGCUCCGGCACGUCGCACCAGUGGAAGGUUAAACGAAAAGCCAACGCCAGAACCAUCGACCCAGGCGAAGAGAGGGAAAAGAAAUGUGUUGGUAGACAAGACUAAUGGGUCGAAGAGUGCUGAAAAGGAGAUGGAGCAAAUCGACGAGACAGGAGACGUCACUAUGGAGGAUGCAGCUUCGGGCGAUGAAUUAGAUGCUGAGGUUAUUGCGGUAAAGGAAUCCAAAGCCAAAGAUGCAAAGAAACCAGCUACGGCUCGAGGUAGAACUGCCAAAACGGUGGCUCCAGAACCAGACGUCGCAGAAGAAACUGUGGCACCCGUGGGCAAAAAAGGCCGACCUGGAAGAAAAGGGAAAGGAAAAGCACAGGAAGAGCCCGCACCCGAGCAACAAUCGCCAGAAAAGGUCAUUCAAGAAACCCAAGUACCAGAAGUGGAGAUGGAAACGGAAGUAGAUAUCGAAGAAUAUUCGAUACUUGAAAAUAGCAUACCUGAAGUUAAAAGAAAAGAAUCUCGCCCAUAUAACGAGUCUCGACGACGACAAAUGUCUGUUUCGCGGCAUCGAGCUGGUAGCGCAUCAGAUACGGAGAGGAACGAGCCAGCUGUUAGACGCAGACUUGAUGAACUUAUCGCUUCACUGAAAGCCAAUUUGGCGACUCAAACUUCUUUAGCAAAAGAAACACGAAGUCUGAAGAAAACAAUCGAAUCGCAAGAUGCAUUAGUGACCAAUCUGCAAGCCCAAAUUAAUCAAUUAGAAUUGGCUUUAUCGGAGGCACAGGUCGAAAAUAAAACCCUAUCUACCAAGCUUGCAGCGAGUCGCAAGAUAACGGCAUCAUAUGAGAGCGCGAAUGUCAAAGUUCCAGGUAGCGCUAUAAAAGCCAAUGGUGGCAUGCGCAUGAUUGGAAGCCAAGAGGCGGCUCAAGCCGCACAAGCCGCUCAACUGAAAGAAGAUUUAUACAGUGAUUUGACCGGAUUAAUUAUACGGGGAGUCAAGCGAGAAGCAGAAGAAGAUGUCUUUGACUGUAUACAGACUGGUCGUAACGGCACUCUUCACUUCAAACUAGGUGUUGAAAACGAAAAAAUGGCAAACGGUGAUGCAGAUUGCCGAUACACACCACUCCUAGACCCCAGCAGAGAUAAACCAUUACUAGAGUUGUUGCCAGAUUAUCUUGUAGACGAAAUAGAAUUUCCAAGACCACAAGCUGCUAGGUUUUAUGCACGGAUUACGAGAGCACUCACCGAAAAACCUGCAAGUAUGGGCGGGCCUGUAGAUGAAAGUGAUGAGUAG